CACCACCGGACCCGCCGUCGCCGUCGGUUGCUUGCUUGCUUCACUGUCGGUCGCAGAAAGCUCGAGAAGCAAUACCAUCAUCAUCGUCGUCCUCACUCUCCCGCCGCGACUGCUUCUGCUAGAACGAACCAACAACCAACUCGACUCAUCGACUCGGCCGCACCCGACUCAGUUGCUCAGAAUUCGACCGAUCUGCCACUCCUUCCAGGUGGAUUACUGGCCUUUGCUGGUGCUGGGAUGGCGUUCCCCUUCUACAUGGCGGCAGGGAAGAGUAAGCCAGUGAUCGACUCGUCGAAGCCAUUGCCGCCGCAAGCCACUUUCCGAGGGCCUUACGUCAACACUGGUUCCCGUGAUAUCGGACCGGAUUUCCAGAGCUACCCAAAGAAAUGAUUUUUGUCAUGACAUCAUCGAGCAUUCCAUCAUUUGCUGGUUGUGUUGUGGACCUCAGCUUCAUUUACUUGAACCAGGAAAGCUAGAAACCAAUACACAGCAACUAAAGCCAUUGCCAAAACUUGCACGCCAUUCCUUCCAUCUCCUGGAAUAAACAAACCCUUCAUAGAGCAAACAAACCCAGCCCAGAUAAUACUUAAUUAUGGCGCUUCUCGUGUCCACCACAUGCUCGACCAAAUUCCCUACUACAGCACUGCCAACGUCCUCUUUUAAAGCUUCGAUCUUUUUGCCCGCCAGAAGCUCAAACGCAGCGAGGAAGCUGCCCAACAAACCCCAUCAUCGCUUCGUAUCUCCUCUUCGCGUCGCCGCGCCUGCUUCUCCAUCUGUACAGCGGGAAGAAGAAAAGGAAGAGAAGCAUGGAGAAGGAGAUUACGGAGUUGAAGAGGAAGUUGGAGAAGAUGGUGAUGAUGGGAAGUUCGUCUGGAGGGAUCAUUGGUACCCAGUUUCUCUGAUCGAAGAUUUGGACCCUGCGUUGCCUACCCCUUUCCAGCUUCUGGGUCGAGACUUGGUCCUCUGGUUCGACCGCGCUAACGAGGAAUGGGUCGCUUUUGAUGAUAAGUGCCCUCACAGGCUUGCUCCUCUAUCUGAAGGCAGGAUCGACGAAAAUGGGCACUUGCAAUGUUCAUACCAUGGAUGGUCAUUCAACGGCUGUGGAUCUUGCACAAGGAUUCCACAGGCGAUGCCAGAAGGUCCUGAAGCUCGUGCGGUGAGAUCUCCAAGGGCUUGUGCUACUAGAUUCCCUACUUUGGUCUCUCAAGGCUUGCUCUUCGUUUGGCCUGAUGAGAAUGGCUGGGAGAGAGCUAAAUCGGCCAAACCCCCAAUGUUGCCUGAUGACUUUGAUAAGCCUGAAUUCUCGUCAGUGACGAUUCAGAGAGAUCUGUAUUAUGGGUAUGAUACCUUGAUGGAGAAUGUUUCUGAUCCUUCCCACAUUGAUUUUGCUCAUCAUAAGGUGACUGGAAGGAGAGAUAGAGCCAAGCCAUUGCCAUUUAAACUGGAAUCCAAGGGGUCCUGGGGAUUUGCUGGGGCAAAUGAAGGUAACCCGAGGAUCACCGCGAAGUUCAUUGCACCCUGUUAUUAUUUGAACAAAGUGGAGAUAGACACAAAACUUCCUUUCGUUGGAGAUCAGAAUUGGGUGAUAUGGAUAUGCUCCUUCAAUGUGCCAAUGGCACCAGGGAAGACUCGCUCAAUCGUUUGCAGUGCUCGAAACUUCUUCCAAUUCUCCAUGCCUGGGCCAGCAUGGUGGCAGGUAGUUCCGAGAUGGCAAGAGCAUUGGACAUCGAAUAAGGUAUACGAUGGAGACAUGAUUGUCCUUCAAGGUCAAGAGAAGGUCUUCCAGUCACUACAAGAAGGAUCUGAAGAUGUAAACAAGCAGUACACCAAAUUCACAUUCACACCCACUCAAGCUGAUCGAUUCGUCUUAGCAUUCCGCAACUGGCUGAGGCGCCAUGGUGAACCAGAAUGGUUCAGUUCUACACCUUCCCAACAGCCUCUGCCCUCCACAGUUCUCUCCAAACGUGAGAUGCUGGAUAGAUUUGAGCAGCACACCAUGAAAUGCUCAUCCUGCAAAAAGGCAUACUCAACAUUCCAAACAUUGCAGAAGAUACUAAUCGCCAUGACUGUUGCAUUCUGUGGAACUGCUGGCAUUCCUUCUGAGAUUCAGUUCCGGGUCCUGCUUGCUGGCUUGGGUUUGACAUGCGCAGCUGCUGCUUAUCUACUCAACCAGUGGGAGAAGAACUUCGUGUUCGUCGAUUAUGUACAUGCUGAGAUAGAUUAGAUCUUAAAAGUUUUUGCCUUUGGAAGAAUGUAACAUGAGAUGAAGCUUUUCCACGAGUUGCAAAUUAGAGAAAUUUAGACAUCACUUUACUUUUCUUACAAACAAACUUGUAUAGAACCCAACCCGAUACUCAUUAUAAAACUGUAAGCAAUGUAUGAUAAUGUCAUAGCAAUCUCUGAACGAAGAACUUCUGUCAUUACAUUACCAUAGACGAAACUGCCCAAAAUUACAGGAGAUUGGCACAAACAGGAGAAUCCGAAAUUAGAACUACUAAUAUCCUAAACAUUCCGAGCUGAUUUACAAUCAAGGAAACCCUAAAACUGACGAUCCACCAAAAGCAAAACAUACUGCUUCAAAUCCCUAAUAAUCCCAUAAAGAGCAAAUCUAAGAACUAGUGAACUUGGUAACCGCCUUGGUUCCUUCAGAGACUGCGUGCUUGGCGAGCUCGCCGGGAAGAACAAGUCUCACAGCGGUCUGAAUCUCGCGGGAAGUGAUGGUGGGCUUCUUGUUGUACCUUGCAAGCCUGGAGGACUCCUGAGCGAGCUUCUCGAAGAUGUCGUUGAUGAAGCUGUUCAUGAUCCCCAUGGCCUUGCUGGAGAUCCCGAUGUCAGGGUGCACCUGCUUCAGCACCUUGAAGAUGUAGAUCUUGUAGGUCUCGACGCUCUUCUUGUUCCUCUUCUUCUUCUUGUCGGCGGCGGCGGCGCCUCCUUCCUUGGGGAUCUUCUUCUCGGCUCUGGGCUUCUUCUCCGCCGGUGCCUUCUCGGCCUUCUCUGCUGGCUUCUUCUCGGCCGGCUUCUUCUCUGCUUGCUUGGGCGCCAUUGUUGGAAAGAAGUGGAAAAUGCGUUCUGAGAUACUUUGCUGGUUUGAGGGAA